AGAGGGAGAGAGCGAGAGGGAGGUUACUCCAACAGGCAGAGGAGAUGAGUGAGCAGUGCUGUCUCCGUCAUCCCCGAGGAGAGCAGAAUGUGCUCUCCCCCAGAUGUCGCAACGACAGCGCUCAUAACACUACAGCAAGCUCCACUGCGGAUGGGUGUGUAUGUGCUGCCAUCUAGUGGACACAUUGGAUGGCUUCGUGUGGUGUAAUGUAAGCUUUGGUGCGAAUCUCGUAAAACAUGAAGGUGCCUUUCCACUGCAGGAAUCAGUUUUGCUCCACCAGUUCUGCACUGUGCCGGCCUGGAGAGGAGUAAGGGAGCGGAAAGAGGAGCAAGAGGAGAGGAUCUGGUGAAUCAAGGAGAGACCGACGGGAGAGAGGGACCAUGGCUGCUCUCUGUGACUUCCUGAAGACCUGGGUUUUACUGCAGACCUUGUGCCUGGCUCUGGCCCAAGUGAGGGGCCCACCUGGACUCCAGGGCCAGCCCGGCCCACCAGGCCCAUCCGGCACUCCCGGGUCAGAUGGCAUCGAUGGGGAGAAAGGACCUCCUGGGCCUCCUGGUCCACCUGGACUAAAGGGAGAACCAGGAGAACCAGGUCCCGAUGGAGUGCCAGGAGAGAACGGCAUUGAUGGUUUGAUUGGAGCAAAGGGUGACCGAGGUCCAAUCGGAAGCCCCGGCCCUAAGGGCAAACCCGGGCCAAGCGGCGAGCCCGGCCCUCCGGGAAUAGGCCUCCCAGGACUGGCUGGUAUCCCUGGGCCUGUUGGUCUUCCUGGUGAAAUUGGACCAACUGGAUCAAAGGGCAUCAUGGGACCACCUGGGGCUCCAGGAGUUCCUGGACCUCCUGGCAAGCCUGCUCUCCAAGUGGCUCGGCAGAUAUUCCUCCAUCAGCAGCAGCAGCAGCAGCAGCAGCAGCAGCAGCCUCACUCACAUCAAGUCCAGUCUCAACAAAACACUGGCAGCAAAUCUCCCAAAGCCAAUGACAAGCAGCAGAGUCUACAGGAUUUGUGGUUGAUCGAGGUUUCAGGUGGACUUGUUGUCGACAACUUCACUCAGUUCAGGAGGUUUAAAAGCAGGAGAAACGAGGGUGGAGAAAAGAGAGAAGUGAGAUAA